AUGACUUCUGGAGUGACGACGAGAAAGCAGAAAAGGCGGAUCGGGGAGAGAGAUGUGUGGAGUUUGAUCGUGAAGAACGACGAUAUUUGUUUCCAACACAUUCUUCCGAGAUUGAAUGCGAAUGAUGUGAAAUUCUUGUACGAGGUGAAUAGUGAGACGAGAAAGUUGGUGAAGAGAUCAACUCGCGCGGAUGACUUGAAAAAGGGGUUUAAAGUGAAAGAGAUGUCGUCGAUAUCGACGUUGGAGUUUGUGUGGGAGAAUAAAUCGUUGUGGCCGAGAUGGUUGAGCGAAAAAGAUUUCUGCGUAAAAGUUGCUGAAACGAAUAAACUCGAGUUGCUCAAGUGGGCGCGAGAGGAGAAAAAGUGUGAGUGGAAUAAAAGUACGAUUGAAGUGGCCGCAUUCAUAGGUAACCUGGAAACGGUGAAGUAUUGCGUUGCAAAUGAGUGUCCUAUGAAUGAGAGUGCGUGUGAAAAUGCUGCCGAAAACGGUCAUCUCGAGGUACUCAAAUACUUACGCGAAGAAGCCAAAGCGCCUUGGAUUUGGACAACUGCCUAUUCUGCGGCUCGAAAUGGUCACCUCCACAUACUCGAAUACCUUGUUGAGCGUAAAUAUAAUAAAUAUUACAAUUUGGCGUGUGAGCGUGCGGCCGAGUACGGCCACUUAGACUGUUUGAAGUACUUGCGCGAAACCGCCAAAGCGCCGUGGGACUCUCGGGCUGUUCGAUUCGCUCACGAGAACAACCAAACCGAGUGUUUACAAUACCUCCUCGACAACGACUGUCCAUUACCAUAUGGUUGGCGAUACGAAGAUGGAGCGUUAUAUACGAAUUAG